CGACACACGACAUACAGAGAUAUACACGGAUACAGCCAUCGUCUUUUUGCGGAACAGCAAGCAGCGCCUUGUUCCUCAGCAUGUUUGUGAGCGCGAUGCUCAAAGGCGCCUGGCAACGGGCAGUGACAACAGCAACGCAAGCUGCACACACCAUGGUUGAUUCCCUGCUGAAGCCAGUGGAGGAUGAAUCAGAGGCAGUACCUCGCUUUCACUUGUCACGCGCAGAACAUGAAUUCCUCAAUGACAUGCUCCAGUGCAGCACCUCUCCAACGCGUCAAUUGUAUGCGGCAGCCGUCUUGCGACUCAGGGAACGCUUCAACUGUGAAGACCUCAAGGACAGGUUACGCGAGCUGAAAGGCCCAGAGCGGCUGGAAGGCUGGCAGCGGCUGUACGGCAUGGUGUGGGCGCGGUUGUGGUCCCUGAUCGUCACGUGCUCCAUCCUUCGCAUCAUCACAGAGGUGCAGGCGAGCAUACUCGCAGCCUCCAUGUAUCGGCAGCCGGCUGGAGCUCGGAGCCUGCAGGAUAUGACCGCGCACCUGGCUGCAAUGUACACGCAUGUGCUCGACGAAGGGCUCGUCCCCAUCUCCGACAUCACGAGUGCUGCGCUCGCAUCCCACACCUCUGCUGUAUCAGUGACGCAGCGGCAGCGGCACGAGGACACCACCGCCGCUGUCACCACCAUGGUCGCCGCCCUCGCUGCAGACGACACCAUCACUCAACUGUGUGAGUGCAUUGUUUCCACACUCCAGAGCGUGGAGGCGUCAUCAUCACCAUCAUCACCAUCAUCAUCAUCAUCGUCAUCGUCAUCAUCGUCAUCAUCUGUGCCGGAUGAUGGCAGUCCGGUUGAGUUCGUGGUUCGUCCAACCAUCGACGUCGUCACCUCCUCCCUUUUUGCAAAGUGUCUCGGCGCCGUCUUGAGCGAUGCUGCGGCCACUGUCACCCACGACCUGACACUCGCCACAGAUCACGACAGAGAGGUUGUGGUGGUGAACACGGUGCCGUCCGUUGCGGCGCUCUCAUUAACAUCGGACGUGAUGGCGCGAACACACGCUGCUGCGCCCAUACACACCCUCUGCACCGUCGUCUUCCGCUCCCUUCUCGCCCAACGUGCGUGAGAAGACAAGAGUCAAGGAGACCUCUCUCUUCACACGCAUGAUUACUCUUGGUCUUCUCUCCCCAUCACACACACACGCACACGCACACACACACACACACACACAUACACGAACUGCUCCUUGUUCUUCUUCUUCUUCGCCUUACUCCUCCUGGUAUGCCCAGUUUGGUUUGCUUCCGCAAGUCCCCCCUUCCCCCCUUCCCUUCCACUUCUUGCUGUCCUUUUCCGCAGUCAUGUACACACCGUUGAUUAUAAUUGCAGUUACAAACCAGAACCCCGAGGGC